UUCCUAAAAUUAUGGUGCAGUUUCGGAUUUAUAUUCUACUGAUGCUGUUUGGCGAGGCUUUUAUGCUGUUAAAAAAUAACUAUAAAGUCCGUUUUAUAUCCAUAAACCAUUCGGGAGGAACCGAUUACGUUGAUUUAAGCCAAAUUCGCUUGUUGGGUCGCGAACGCUCUGCCAAUGGUACUAUAGAAUUGAAGAAAGAUUUUAGUGAUGAUUUAUACUCGUUGUCGGCCGAGAGCUUCAGUGAUCCCAGUGGCAAUGGUGAGUUCAAGCAGUUGCCAAUGUUUAUCCCUCGUCAACCCAUCUGCAAGGUCAUGGAGUCUUACUGGAAGUACAUGGAUGCCUCUUUUAAGUACGGAGUUAAUACAGAUUAUCCCGUCCACAUCCGACCAUGCCCCGUACCGAAGGGGUUAUACUAUAUUAAAAACGUAACCUUCCAAACGGAUAAUUGGCCGUCCAUAAUGCCAAGAGGAUUUCUCAAGGGCUUGGCGAACCUAUAUUAUAAAAACGAAGUUGUUAGCACAGCCGAAAUUUUGAUCCAAAUUUCGGAUCUUUCUUAAUAAUGGAAUUUGAGGUGUAUUAUUUUGUAUGA